AUGGCUCCAACGACUGUUCCUGUUGGUCCGGCGAAACCCGGCGAAACUGCUCCCAGAAGAAGAACUGCGCAAAAAGACGCUGCAUUGAUCAGACCGCUCGACUCCAAAGCCAAUGUCGUCACCGAGUAUCUCGAGGAAUGUGUGGCCAGAAACACCCACCGCAGAUGUAUGGGCUGGAGAGAUUUGAUCGAAGUCCACAGAGAGACGAAGAAGGUGACCAAGAUUGUCGAUGGCGAGGAGCAGAAAGUCGACAAGGCAUGGACUUACUACGAGAUGUCUCACUACAAAUAUCAAACCUAUCCUGAGGUUUACAGCGACAUCAAGGCGCUUGCGCAUGGAUUUGCCCAGAUCGGCUUGAAGCCAAGCUCUGACAAGCUUCACAUUUUUGCGUCGACGUCUCCAAAGUGGUUGAAGACGUUUUUGGCGGCGCAACACCAAAACAUCACUGUGGUGACUGCUUACGACACCUUGGGCGAAAAAGGUUUGAUCCACUCUAUGGUCUCGACAGAGCUGAAUGCUGUCUUCACUGACAAUGGGCUUCUUUCUGCCUUGAUUAAGCCAUUACAGGAGACCCCGCACGUGAGAACAAUCAUCCACUCGGAGAAAAUUGACCCUGCCGACAAGAGAGAUGGCGGCAGAAUUUACGAGGAGGCUGAAAAGGCAAAGAAGCAAAUUUUGGAAGUGCGUCCAGAUAUCCAAUUCUUCUCAUACGAAGAGGUCUUGGCCAAAGGAAAAGACUUGGUCGACACUCCUUUCGAGCACAAGUCCCAGCCAGAAGACAUUUCGUGUAUCAUGUACACCUCGGGCUCGACAGGCGAACCUAAGGGUGUCGUUUUAACUCAGGCUAACAUCUUGGCUGGUAUUACAGGUCCUUCUACCAAUGCAAGCAGAGACUUGGUCAAGCCUACUGACCGUAUCAUUGCGUUUUUGCCCUUGGCACAUAUUUUCGAGAUGGUUUUCGAGUUGCUUUCUUUCUGGUGGGGUGGCUGUCUUGGCUACGCCAACGUUAAGACAUUGACCGAUGCCUCUUGUAAAAACUGUGAGUCGGACUUGGCUGAGUUCCGUCCAACUAUCAUGGUUGGUGUUGCCACGGUGUGGGAGAAUGUGAGAAAGGGAAUUAUGGCCAAGGUUAAGCAGUUGCCAUCUGUGGUUCAGAAAAUCUUCUGGGCGUCCUUUAAGGCCAAGUCCACCAUGCAACUGCUCCACAUUCCUGGAUCGUCGAUCUUCGAUAUUAUUUUCAAGAAAGUCAAGGCUGCUACAGGUGGUGAAUUGCGUGUUGUUUUGAAUGGAGGCUCUCCUAUCUCAAGAGACACACAAGUGUUCAUCACGACGUUGAUCUGCCCUAUGUUGAUUGGUUACGGUUUGACUGAAACUUGUGCGAACGCUUGUAUUCUUGAACUUCCAAACUUUGAAUAUGGUGUUGUCGGAAGUUUGGUUGGUACCGUUACAUGUAAGUUGGUGGAUGUUCCAGAUGCUGGAUAUUUUGCCAAGAACAACCAAGGUGAGAUUUUGUUGAAGGGAGCUUCUAUUACCAAAGAGUACUGGAAGAAUGAAAAGGAAACAUCUGAAGCCUUCACUGAAGACGGCUGGUUCCAGACCGGUGACAUUGGUGAAUGGCAAUCCAACGGACACUUGAAGAUCAUUGACCGGAAGAAAAACUUGGUGAAGACUGCCAACGGUGAAUAUAUUGCCUUGGAAAAGUUGGAGUCCACUUACAGAUCUAACCCACUUGUGCUCAACAUUUGUGUCUACGCUGACCAAAGCAAGGUGAAACCAAUUGCCAUGAUUUUGCCAAACGAGCAGCAUCUCAAGAACUUUUUGCUUGAUGAGCGUCUCUGCAAAGAAGAAGACUUGAAGCAUAAGGAAAUCUCCGUGUUUUACCACGACAAGAAAGUCGUGGAUGCGGUUAACAAGUCUUUGUUGGCUACUGGUAAGUCGCAAGGAUUGAAGGGAAUUGAGCUUCUUCAAAAUGUCGUGUUGAUCGACGACGAGUGGACCCCUCAGAACGGCUUUGUCACAUCGGCGCAAAAGUUGCAGAGAAAGAAGAUUCUUGAGGCGUACAAGAAGGAUGUUGAGAAGGCGUACGCCUAG